GAAAGAUUUUCUAUUAUAUACAUACAUAUCUAUUUCUAAAAUCAAAGUAUUAGCAAAAAAUACAUUACUAAAUUUAUCAAUUUAAUUUGGGUAUCGCAGACCACUAUGCGUCAACACUUGGGUUAAUGAUUAUGAUCACAAUUAAGCAACAAUGACAAGGGCAUGAGAGCGGGUGUUGAGCGAUCACUAUUGUCGUUGGGAUCUGAGCUCUGCGCUUGCUUCUACUCGUCCACAAGUAAGAAACAAGAAAUCAGUUUAGAAUUAUUCGUCGCGGCAUUAAGUCACAAAAUUAUUGCAUGUGCUUUGGUACGCAAUAAAUCGCUUAAACGAUACGCACAUGGUAAUUGUUGUACUUCAACAACGUUGAAUGAAAUCCUAAUAACUCGCGCGACGUUUGCGUAACGCAUGGUUGACCGAAGAAAACAAGAGGCUGCAAACCGGAAACCGUAGGCAGUGCGUUAAGGCUAACAAGCGCGUUCAUACAAUAAAUCAAUAAUCAACUAUCUACAAGUGGCAUUGAAAAUGGCAACUACUGAGAUCAGUGUAGGUACGAUAGGUGACACUCCAUACGCCAUUGAAUUACAAUUAACAGAGGCUGACAUUAUUUUAGAGAAAAAUGAUACAAAAGUAACAUUGGACGCUGCCGCCGAGCCAGAAACUGGAUUAACACAUGAGUGCGGUGUUUUCGGUGCCAUCGCCUGCGGUGAUUGGCCGACGCAAAUUGAUGUGGCACACGUGAUUUGCUUGGGAUUGGUAGCACUACAACAUCGAGGCCAAGAAUCGGCAGGUAUUGUGACAAGUGAAGGCAAAUGCUCAAGAAAUUUUAAUACCCACAAAGGUAUGGGCAUGAUCAGUACACUCUUCAACGAUGAGUCCAUCAAGAAACUCAAAGGCAAUCUAGGCAUCGGCCACACACGUUACUCCACCUCAGCUGCCUCUGAGGUAGUCAAUUGCCAACCUUUCGUUGUACAUACACUGCAUGGCGCCAUUGCUGUAGCGCACAAUGGCGAACUAGUAAAUUCUGAAUCGCUUAGGCGGGAUUUGCUCGGUCGUGGCGUUGGUUUGUCAACACACAGUGAUAGUGAAUUGAUUGGACAAGCGCUAUGUUUGUGCCCCGAAGGUGCUUCCGAAGAAGAUGGACCAGACUGGCCGGCGCGCAUACGAAACUUUAUGCAAUUAGCGCCACUAUCGUACUCACUUGUUAUGAUGUUUAAAGAUAAGAUAUAUGCGGCGCGCGAUCCAUACGGCAAUAGACCACUUUGCCUUGGAAAAAUUAUGCCUAUCAAUGGCGAGUUGAAUGCUAAGGUUGAGAACGUGUCCGCCGAUGGUUGGGUGGUCUCGAGUGAAAGUUGUGGUUUCUUGUCAAUUGGGGCGAGAUACGUACGGGAAGUUGAACCGGGGGAAAUAGUGGAAUUGACGCGCAACGGCUUCCGCACCAUCGAUGUGGUCAAACUACCUGAAUAUAAGCGCAUAGCUUUCUGCAUUUUCGAAUAUGUUUACUUUGCGCGCGGCGAUUCGAUAUUUGAGGGUCAAAUGGUGUAUUCGGUGCGCAUGCAGUGCGGUAAGCAGUUGGCACGCGAGGCCUUAAUCGAUGCAGAUAUUGUUAGCUCUGUGCCAGAAUCGGGUACGGCAGCGGCGCAUGGCUAUGCUAGAGAGUCUGGAUUACCAUUUGCUGAGGUACUCUGUAAGAACCGUUACGUAGGCCGCACAUUUAUUCAGCCAUCGACACGUUUGCGCAAAUUAGGUGUCGCUAAGAAGUUUGGCGCGCUUUCCGAGAAUGUGGCUGGCAAGCGACUUGUUCUGAUCGAUGAUUCAAUUGUGCGCGGAAAUACCAUCGGACCAAUUAUCAAAUUGUUGCGCGAUGCCGGAGCAGCAGAGGUACAUAUACGCAUAGCCAGUCCACCGCUGCAAUAUCCAUGUUACAUGGGCAUUAACAUUCCCACUCGUGAAGAGCUUAUUGCCAACAAAUUGAAUGCAGAGCAAUUGGCCCGACAUGUGGGUGCAGACAGCUUGGAAUAUUUAAGUGUGGAGGGACUCGUAAAAGCAGUGGAAAUGAACAAACAGGUUUCUAGUCCGAAUAAAAGCGGACACUGCACAGCUUGUUUAACUGGCGAGUAUCCCGGUGGACUUCCGGAAGAAUUGAGUUGGUAAAUGCAAGGCAUAUAGAGAAAGCAGAACCAACAACUGAAUAAUAAUUUAUAUUAUUGUUCUUAUAAAUUCUCAUAAGACGAUUAUUUAUGCGUCGCGAGAAAACGUAAAAUAUUUAUUUACGUUAGAAGUUGUAAGAAUUUUUUAAAAGUUUUAAUUGUUGAUUUAUGCAUUAUAAAUACUACCUAUACACUAUACACUAUACUAGUAUACUCCAUUUUUAAUUUAUAAUAUAUUUAAAAGAUAAUAGCCUUUAGAGAAAGGAUAUCUUGCAUUUAAUUAGCUAUCUAGACGCUAAAAGCACUAUGGGGAAAUUCUUUUUUAAAUAAAAGUUUGUGUUCUUAUACUUACAUACAUAUAUGAAUGCACAUGUACAUACAUUGUAUAUUAUAAGUGUAACUUC